GAAUCUAAGGAGUCCAUGGCACAACAACACAACAAACAACAGGGGGAUCGUAAGCGAUCGCAAGCAGCUAGAGCUAGAGAAAGAAGACGGAGACGAAGAGAGAGAGAGAGAACAAGAGAGAGAGAUAGUGUUCCUCUGUAAAUAGUUUCGUUUGAAAUCGGGCGCGGAGAGUCAUUUGGAAGAGCAAAAUUCAACAUAAUUUGCCAAAACACACACACUCACACACACUCACACAGACAGAGCAGUGCUUCUUCAGCAGUGGCUCCUGGGAUCGUGCCACGCGCAUAAUACAUAAUACUUCGGAUAUAAAAAUACAUUGAGUGAGAGAGAGAGAGAGCGAUGCACGAUGAAACAGACAGAGCAACGUGUGUGUGCUGUGUGGUGUGUGGAAGCAAAAAGAGAGCUAAAAUUAUUGAACUGCGAAUUUGGGCUGUUAAACUUCGUUCGUGCUACCACAAAUAUGGUUCACUGUCGUCACUAACCGAAUGAUAUAGGGAACUACACACACAGACACAUACAAAAGAAGAGCUUUUGGCCAGCUUCCUUUCAAGGGGCCAGAAGGGUUCAAGGGGGCAAUGGGAGGGCGGGGGGGGGGCAAUUAUAGUUCUUGUGAUCCCUGCCCUUCAAUACCAAUGAUCGUAUACAAACGAGUGGCGUCGCAGCACAGUAUAAGCAAUAGGCAAUAGGGCGAGAGAGCUCAUUGAAUCCACUCCUCCUCUCUCUCCCCCCCCCCUUCCCUCUCCAAGGGGAACUGUUUGUGUGCGUGUGUGCGUGUGUGUGUGUGUGCGUGUGUGUGUGUGUGUCAGUCACAGCUUGAACACAUCCACUCGGUGAUCCAGUACCACACCAGAGUUCAAACCAGAGACUCGUCCAAUCUUCUACUUCUGAAACUUUGUACAUACAACAAUCAAAACACACUGCAUCCACUGUAACGAUCUGUAUGCUUGUGUGUGUAUGUGUGUGUGCGUAUGUGAGAAUGAGUGAUCUUGUGAGAUAUUUAGCAAAAACACAGAAGCCACAACCGCAACAGCCACAGCAGCAGCAGGAGUAGCAGCAGCACCACAACCACACAAUGCCAUCGUACCGGGACUCUCUCUCUCUCUCUCACACACACACACACUCGAUCCCGUGAUGGAAGAAUUGAUACAAAAAUAUAUAUAUUCCACCCUCUCGCCAGCGUGCUGUCGACCCCGAGAGUAGGGAAUGGGCAGACGGGAGAGAGUUUGGGCAGAAACAACAUACAAAUAAACAGGAGUUAGUAUAGUAAUAAUGCAAAAUACGCGCCACGAGACGACGCACGGAAACCAGGGGGAAGGGCCGGGUGGAAGAAAAAAACAAAAAAGAAACGCCAGAACGAAGAGGGAAAGCCGAAUCCAGUGAUUUUAUAGAAAAUACAAAUAACAAUUUUAAUAACGACCAAACUUAGUUAUACUAAAUAUAUAUACAUGAAAAUAUAUAUAUAUAUAUACAUAUACAUAUAUAUAUUAAAACAUAUUUUAUUGAUUGCUAAGCAAAAUUAUAGAGGGAAAAAUCAAACGAGAGGAAAGCGGAUCCAGUAGUAAAAAGAACGAGAUAGAGAGAGCGAGAGAGAAAACGGAGCAAAUCCAAAAACAAAAACUCUAGGAGAAAACUAAGCAAACAACAACGGCAACCAAACGUUGUUGUUGUCGUUCGAUCAAGACAAAGCGUGCAAGUGGCAGUGAAUAUACAUAGGGUACUAAUAUACAUAUAUACAUAAUAAGUAAUAACCAAAAUCGAGAUCGCUAAUCGAGGGACGAAAAGCAUGGUUCAGCAUAAGAAAGAAGCAAGUCGCGUUACAAGAAAAUGGAAGCAAUGGGCGAAAGAAGAAGAAGAAGAAGAAGAAGAAGAAGAAGAAACAAUGCAUAACAUAAACCAUUAAUUGACUACUAAAACACCAACAAGUGCUAUUAGUAAUAGAAAUCGAAUAUUAUCAUAUGUUAUUGAAAAAAAAGUAAGAGGGAUAAGGUAUAAAUACAAUUACGAAUUAAAAGCAAGCUCACACAUACACAAAAAAAACAUACACACACACAAACAUACAAACAAACAAACAAACAUACAUACAAACCACACAAGUUUAUAAAAUAAAGGGCAAAAAGAAGGAACACCAGGCCGAAGCAGAUCUAAUUGAAAAAGGGCGUAGUAAAAAACCUAGCAUGAAAGUGUGAUGGCGUUGGCACAAAAAGGCUACCAAUAAAGCAAGGAUCUAGUAGGUCAGAAUAAACAUACACACACACAUACACAUUGACACAAACAAACCAAAAAACACGUGCAAAUAAAGCCAAGGGUAAGAAGGUAAGAAGAAGGUGGGCGUGCGGAUACAAAACAAGAAAAUAUCUAAAAUCGGUACCAUUCUCUGUACAUACAUUAGUUUGGUUCAUUACAAACGUUUUCGGGGUACUGUUUUACUUACUAUAAGUUCGGUGAAAAAAAAAACAUAGUUACUGCCUUACAUAACUAUAUACAUAUAUACAUAGCGGUGUGUAUGUGUGUAUGGAUAUACAUAUAUACACACACUCCCACACACUUAUAUAUAUAUAUAUACAUAUACAUACAUAUGAAUAAAACUAAUUCGGAAUAAGCAAAAGAGCUACUAUUAUCGGAAAGAAGGCAGACGCAGGGGCGGGGCCGCUGCUAAAACACGGCUACAAAAGAACAUUAACGAACGGACAACACGUCACACGUGUACACACAACACAACGAAACAACGACGUGACAAAAACACACACAAAACUAGACGGUGGCACACGGACACACACAUUUGUAAAUACUUACCUGUAUACAAUUACUUCAGACGUGCAGAAAUGAAAACUGAAAAACUACAUUAAACAACAAACUUUAAACUAAAAACACCCAUAAAAAGGAUUUUAUAAGGAUAACGCUUUGACAGUAAUAUAAAAACACACCACUAACGAUUUUGAUUUAAAAAAAAAAAAGACAAACAAACGACGCGCCUACUUUGAUCAUUAAAGCCCAACCAUCGGACUACGGAGACAGUAACGGACGCAACACGACACCACUACGAACACACGCAUGCACGCAAACGCAAACGCAAACGCCACGCUCAAAAAGUACUACGCAACUAUUACACACCUUCCCAAUACACCAAUACGUACACACACGGAAACGGAAUCGGAAACAUUCUUCAAAAAAAAAAAAAAAACAAAAACAAAAAACGGCAAGGUUACGCGUUCAGAACGGCGGUAAAAGUGGUCUUAGGAAUGCUCUAAACUCUUCUAGAUAUAAGUUCUAAUUCAAUACUACCUAAAACAUGAAACACCAAUCUCUCUAGGGUAUGAGGAGGAAGAGUUUUGUUUUCCUUUCAUUUCAUCGUUUUUCGUACGAGCGCUAGGAGGAACAAGAGUAAAACGGGGGAAAAAAGAUACAAUUUAAAAUGAAACGGAAAAACGAUAAAAAAUAAAAUCACAACCAAACUCUAAUCUAAUGAACGAAAGCAAACAAGCAAACCAAACUUACCACCCAGGCACUCGCGCCCUUGUGUGUGUGCGUGUGUACUGGGGUUAGUAGGAAGGUGCGGUGUGGCCGUACCGCGCGCAGCACAGCCAUUUACAGCACAAACAGCGGGAGGACAAAAAUCGAGAACUAGCAAACAAACAAAAAACGGUACUAGCUUAAGAAUUGAUUCUAGUGAAGCCCCACAACCAGUAGCAGAAUCGGGCCUGAAUUUAGCGGCUCAUUCCCGAGCGGUUCUAGCGACGAGGACGAGUGGGAUCUAGGUGGGAAAAGGAUACAUAUGUAGCGAGUAGUUUCCGUCCCGGCCCCCUUUCCCCAUGCAUCUUCAACACCCCAUCUUCAGCGUGUAAUUGGGGUUUUUAGGUAUGUAAGGUAUAGAAGAAGCAGCUACAGUGCGAAAUAAUGGCAGAACAUGGAAAAUGUGCAAAAUGUGCAGCCAGCCACAAACGAUCGCCCUUUUUACACAUAGACAGGAACUAGGAACAAAAACAGGCUCGUUUCCGUUCGGCUCAUCGAAUUUGAUCUCGUCUUACAUACACAUACACACACAUACGGUUUGUGUUUGGAUUUAUUCUCUUUUUCUCUCAAAGUCACCCCUCAGCCCCCUCCCCCUCACUUUACUCUUCACAUCUCUUAUACAUUAUAAUUAUUAUUGUAAGUGAUUUCAACACAACACAAAGAUAAGAAAAGAACCACAGCAAACACGCACACAACACACACAAACACCCACAAACAUAUGGAAAGCUGCGAAAAAAACAGAAAGCGAGAAAACAUAAGAAAACUAAACCAAAAAUAAAUAUACUAUUGCUUGUACAGAGAGAGAGAGAAAGAGAGAGAAAAAGUGGAGAGAAAGAACAAACCGAAAUUACACUCCAGUCCAGGCGAAGAAGCUGCGAAGCGAAAAGCCUCCCUCAACAUGCACACAUACACAUUCGUAAGCGUAUAAACGUAAGUAAGCCCAAAACUUCCUCCCAGAAACAAAAACACACACACGCACGCUCAUUUGUGUAAGUAAUACUUGCAAAACGCAGAAAACGCAGAAAAGUAUCAUAAGAAACAAACUAUAUGUAAUAACUAAGUCAAGCAAAACGGAUUAAAUUAAAAUGGAAGAGAAAAACAAGAAAAAACAAAACCAAAACCCUAGAUAGUGGAGUAAAAAAAACAACAACAAGAAAGCCCGCAUAAAAUCGGUAAGCAAUAGCACAAACACACAUACAAACAAACAUACAGACAAAAGGAAAACAAAACAAAAAUGAUGAGGGGCAAAUUGUUAAACAACAAAACACACAAACUUAAUGUAAGCAAUCAAAAACUGCAGAUAAAAUCAAACCAACAGCCUGGGAGGGAGACUGAGCCAAGCAAAGAGACAGAGCAGGCAGAGCAUUCGACAGAAGAGAUAGAGUAGCAUGCCCAAUCAACCAGCAGUAGCAGCAACAGACGCAGCAGGCGUAGCAGCAGCCGUAGCAACAGCAGCAGCAGCACCACGGUGGUCAAUACCGUUUCCGGUCUCAAAAGGCCCGAUUGCCGACAAGGAAUUCUUUAUCUGUAUCGUCCGUUCUUCAUCGUUAAAAAGUAAUGACAUAAUUCAAAAAUGAAGUACACAUUACUCCAAAAACACACACAUUCACAUACACACAUCCACAUACGUUCUCUAGGUUCUGCGGAGUAGACAGCAGCAGACAUCAGUUCGGUUAGUUCGUUAGAUUGACAAGUUUAUAGAAGCAGCAGGAUCCUCGCGUGUAGCUGUGUGUGUGUCAUCGUGCCGAGACAGUGGCGUGCAAAAGCAAAGGGAACGAAAGGGCAAAGUAGGCUUUGCCGGCUGUUGUGCAAAGUGUUCAGCGCCGCAACGACAGCCACGGCCUGGGUGAAAUGAGGCGAUCGUGGGAAGUUUUCCUUAUUCGGUUUCGCUUUGCUCAAAUCAGAUUCGCCCUCCACUCCGAGGAGAAACGCGUGCGUGCGUGUGUAUGUGUGCUGGAGGUGCGAUAAGAAACGAAGGUAGGAAACAUUCAAGCGAUACAAAUAUACUAUAAUGGACAGUAAACGGAGAAACGUUUAAAGAAGACAGCGGAAUAAAUCAAACAAACACCAAAUUAUGAAACGCAUUGACUUGAACACAACGCAUCGUCGCGAAACGGUAAGGGAAGGGGGGGAAACAAGAAGAAAACUUACAACUUACCCAGAGUGCUUCCAGCAAAACUUUUUACAUACUCGCCUCCUCCCAUUUUCGAUCGUGUUCCAAUAAUUAAUAAUUCCUGUGUUCCGUUUGCACCAACCACCAUCACACGACUUUUGGCCUGCCAACUUGUUCCCACAAAACACUCUCACUCACUCACCCACACGCACAAACACACACACACACACACACACACACACACACACACACACACACACACACACACACACACACACACACAGGGGAACAUUCACAGCGCGCGCGUUCAUUUUCCGUAGGUGUAAAGCAAGCCAUGGAAGAUUCCUUCACAUUCCUUUCCUCUACAAACCAACCUUUUCUUCCAGUGUGAGCGAGUGACACGCGUUACAUAGAGCAAAUAAAAGUAAAGAAGAGAGAGAGAGAGACAGGGAGAGAGCUAAAGAAAGAUAGCGAGAGAGAGAGAGAUAGCAGGAGGGAUGUAAAAGUAAGCAAAAGUAAACGUAGAGAAUAACUCAAAGUAACCGUUGCAAACAUACACACGCAAGCGCCCAUGUCGUCUGCAUGCAUUAAUUAGCGCUAAAAUCGUUAUAGCUAAAAUAUUCAUUCAAUUAAGUAGAACCAAUCCAAGCUAAAUAAACAACAAAAAAGGCAUUAAAAAACAUUGUUGAUCGUACUUUAAAAUAAGCCCCACAAGGAAAACAAAAUAUCAAACAUCCCCGUUUUGGAAGGAAAAUAAACAAAAAAAAAUCUAAAUAAAAUCAACACGCACACACACAAAAAGAAUGAACGCAAAAAACACACGUUUCCCCGUUUAAAAACGCGUGACUGUGCACUGAAAUGUGACUGCAUGACAGCGUUGAAGUUUAAACAAAAUAUACAGGUAUCGAUGGAAAGGAAAGGCAGGGUGGUCCCUCUGUACGGCGCCUGGUUAGGAGAGGGGUGGGAGGGACCCAACAUACACACACUAGGGUCCAUUGCACGAGAGUGUGCUAGCGGAAUGGGGGGGGGAGGUUUGCUGAAACUUCCUUCGCUCCACGAAAACUUACUUCUAAAGCCAAAACACCCGAAAACACCAAAAGCACGCUGUUAUUAACGGAAAAAAUGCCCCGUUGUCUGUCCGUUUCUGUUUUGAGUUGCGUGAUAUGUAAGCGACGAACGCAAAGGGAUGAAAAUUCUCAUCCAAGCAAGAAAAAUCGUUCGUUACAUUGUGUUGUUUCUUUCAUUUUUCCAUUUGUGUGUGUGUGUGUGUGUGUCGCUCGCUCGCUCUCUCUCUCUCUGGCUUGUGCAAAGCGCAAGCCGUUUUGAGAGUACGCGUUAUGCGCCAUUUCGUUAUGCGCCGCUUUGCGCCACGAAUCUGUACAGAGAGGCAGGUGCGCAGGCCGUUUUGUUUCGCCCGCCACGUGCGCCACAAUGUAAUUAACCCCUUUAAUAAAAAAAAUCGCGUAGCUCGGUGCUAGGCGGUGCGGUGCGGAAUAUUAUAGCUCUAGCUGCGUUUCAACUCUAGCGACAAGUAAAUUACAAAACGCAGCAGAAUGCGAACAAACCAGCAAACAAACAAACAAAAUUAUACAUGCGAAAACCAGGUAGCUUGUUGUGGGACCAGGUCCACGCGUAGAACGGUCGUUGCGUUUGAGCUUCAAGCUUAGUAAAGAUAUCGAAUCUCUAAAACAAAAAAAAACAAAGACCCAUACAAACGUUCGUUUUUUUGUGCGGCAAAACCGUACCGAAGCCGCCAAAACCAUUUCCAUUUACGUUCGCGCUUCCCAUCCGAUCGAAGUAGUCAGGCGGUAGUCGGGAGGCUGUUCGGGAGAGAGCCAGUUGCUACCGCGAGCAGCUUAAGAAAGAGAAAGAGUGAGAGGAAGUGAAAAGUAGAGGAAGACAGAUGCACAGAAAUCCACUCACACACACACAAAGAGAAGAACACAAGUAGGCUACGUCGUACAUACAGUGAGGCAAGAAAUUAAUCGAUACGAUGCGAUCAUCCCUAAUCGAACGCUAGAAAGAAUGCACGCGAGCGAUCACGUGACUUUUAAAACAAAACACCCCAUUCUAAUACUUUUCCUCUCUUGCACUACUGUUUCAAAACUACACACAUUGGCAGCAAGGAAUUUAGUUUACACAAAUCCAUACAAACACACACAAACACAUACACUCGUAAUGGGAAACGAUGAAAAUGCUCAAACACGUGUAUGAAAGCAUUUUCAUUUCCCUUCCUUAUCAAACACACACACACACAGAAAGAGAGCAAAACACUCCCAAACACACAACAACAACACACACACAUCAGUUAAGCGCAACAACCGAUUGUAACCGAUACGUAUGGCCAUCGUAUUUUUAAUAAAUCACUGCCAAAAUCACUGAACGGACGGAAUAUAUUUGAAGCAUGUGUUCACACCACUCCAACACUUCUGGGCUAUUGUCUGAUAUUUCUAUCGUAUAAAUAAACAAUUGAAUGGGAAAGUUACAGAGACAACAACCAUACAAUGCCACUAGCGGCGGCGGCAGCAGCAGCAGCAGCAGCAGCAGUAACAUCAACAAAUUAUGACGAAAAAAGCAGAAGAAACAAAGCGAAGAAACUAAACAAAAACCGAUUAAAAAGAAGAUGAAAAAAAAACUCUAAAUAAUAAUAUAAGGUAUAGAAACGAAAGCGAUAGAGGGAGAGACCGAGCGGAAGAAGAAGAAGAAAACACACAGCGCUAUCGCGAUUGAUUUACAUUAGGAACAUACUCACGACACCAAUAUAAAGAAAAAGAAACCGAAGGGGAGUUUUACGAUUUAAAGCAAAAAACAAGUAAAGAACGAAUACGGGAGGGAGAGAGAGAAAAAAAACAGUAGCGAACAAGGAAGAACACAAGUGAGGAGAGGAAGAGAAGAAAAAAACGCAACGCAGCGAGGUUAUUAUAUGAACAAACAAACAACAACAACAACAAAAAAAGAUCAUAAUAUUGAAAUAAUUCUAAAAGAAAAAAAACAAUUCAUAUAUCCACUAAAACGAAAAAAAACUUCAAUAAAGAAAAUUUUAAUUCAAUCCUUGUUACGAAAAAAAAAACAGUGCAAUGAUGUCAAGAUAUCAAAAAGACGUUUUUAAUUUUGAAAUCAUAUUAUUGAAAUAUAACAUUAUGUAAAUUUUAACAAAGAUACAAAACAUUUAUAAUAUAAUUUACAAAAUAAAAAAAAUCUGUACAACAACGCGUUAUCAAUGGAGCGGGGGGCGAGGGGGGAAGGGAGAUAGGAUGUGGAAAGAAAACGGGAACGAACGACAGCGUUACUAUUGGGGAGCGUUACUAUUGUGAGCGCGUUACCUUUUGCCACGUAACGAUGACGAUCGCACACUGGGAGCGCUAAUGGACAUGUGCAGAGUGCGCUCGUUGGGCCAGAUGCACAGUAGGUCACGAUCAGGAACGAUGUUGUGUACUAUAUUUUCAAAAAUGUAUGUCUUUUCGUGGGGAAACGAGUCUUUCACUUGCCUAAUUUUAAAUUUCUUUCCAUAAACACAAUCAAUUAAACACGCCGCCAUUCGUGUGAGACGUAUUGGUUAGUUUUAUUCAGCGAGUCUUCAGCGGGGGCAAGGACGACUCCUCCCCACCCCACGGCGUAUCUCGGGUCUGUGUGAGACUGUAAUUAUCAAGCUUCUUCCCUACAUACUAAUGCGGUAGUUUGUAUAAAAGCAUAAAAUCAUUUCCCCAUUUUUAUUUUGUCGUUUUGAAACCUCCACCACUUAAGCUGUGAAUUACGCGAUCCGAUCUAGUGAACGUUCUAAGUUGCUCCACCAAUACGACGGAACGGUCACGAUCUGGUGUUGCGAAAUGUAUGCGAAAUGCUAAAACACGGUGUGACACACUAAUAUCCUUGCUGACGCCUCCUGCUCCGGUUCAGCACCGUAAUGCCGAGAAUUUCAUUCGCUUAUCACAGGCACCGGGACACCUCAGGCUCCCGGGUUCGUUCCGCUCCUGUGGUACUUUCGAAGUGUGUAUGUGUGUGGUUAAAAUUAAAAUUAUUAAUCAGUGUAUCGUCGCCAAGCGCGUCCCUGGUCGAACGUCGCUAGUGCUAUUUGCUAAUUGUUAUUCGGAGUAAAACGGUUGCGCUGUUGAUGGUGGCAUUCGUACCAGUACCAUACAAAACAGAUCCGAUCUAAUCUACUACGCUUAUUGGUCUACUUUAUCGCAAGCUUCCGGGAGCAGCACUCACUCAAUUCGUGUGUUCAUGCU